CUCUCCAUUGCCAACUUAUUAAACUCUCUAGCUUGCCAUCACUCACCACCUUAACCUCAAACUCUCAAGCCUCACACCCACACUUGUGGACCUGAGCGAAGUGGUCACCACCUUUUCUCUCUGGGACUCUUCACACCAACUAGAAAAAGAAAUGGGAAGAGCUCCUUGCUGUGAGAAGGUGGGGCUGAAGAAGGGGAGAUGGACAGCAGAGGAGGAUGACAUACUGAUCAAGUACAUUGCUGCCAAUGGAGAAGGGUCCUGGAGGUCCUUGCCUAAGAAUGCAGGGUUGUUGAGGUGUGGGAAGAGCUGCAGGCUAAGGUGGAUAAACUACCUCAGAGCUGACCUCAAGAGAGGCAACAUUUCCAAGGAGGAGGAGGAGACCAUCAUCAAACUCCAUGCCACUCUAGGAAACAGGUGGUCCUUGAUAGCCGGUCAUCUUCCUGGAAGGACUGAUAACGAGAUCAAGAACUAUUGGAACUCCCACCUAAGUAGGAGAGUCGACAGCAUCCAGAAGUUCGUCGGCGAUGGCGCCGAGGUCAUGACGGUGGACCUCAGCAAGCUCCCCGGUGGCGGCAAGCGAAGGGGUGGAAGAACUAGUAGGCCAGCCAUGAAGAAGAACACAACGAAUGGGAUUACUACUAGAAGAGAGAAGAAUGAGAAGGGUGUUAGCCCCCCAACCUCAUCAGCACAAACUCAAAGUAAUGAGGGACAAAGCAUGAUCGUGGACCCAGACCAGAACCAAGAUAGCUGUGAUACCUUUGAAGGUCCUAACCAAGGGGCAUUGGGUCAUAACGAAGACCCAGACCAGAAUCCAGCUAGUUGUGUCACCUCUGAAGGUCCUAACCGAGGGGCAUUGGGUCCUAAUGAAGACAUGGUGAGUGGGCUCCUGAGGCCGAGCCCAAUGGAAAGUGGGCUCUGGGGAGGAAGUAGGGAGAUGGAACCCAUGCUUUUUGGUGCAAGUGAGGACAGCAAUGUGGGGUGGGGGUCUUAUGAUGAGGAAAGGGAGAGUGGAGUCAUGAGCUCAAGCGAGGAGAGAGAGGGUGGGGCCCUUAUCUUGCAUGGGGAUGGAGAUGGUGGGACAAUGGGCUUGGAGGAGCAGGGGAGGGGAGGUGGGGUGAUUGCCCAAGGUGAGGAGGAGGCAGGGUCUGCCCAAGUUGACAAGUUCAUGGAUUGGGAGUUGGGAGGUAUUGAGGCCAAGCUAUGGGAUGACGCAGGAGAGAUGUGGCCGUGGCAGUGGGAUAAUGAGAACGGGGAGUUGGGGCUGCAAGGAAUGGAUGGUUGCGGGUACCAAGAAGAGUUAUUGGAUAGUUGGCUUCUUUCGGAUGUCCUAUAGGAGAGGUUUUGUGGUGGCAGUGGCAUUGGAGGAUUUCUCCUUGUGUGCCCCGUUUGGGAGGCUGUGUAAAAGGACAAAAAUUAAGUUUUUUGUAGCGUCGUGUACGUGUCGGUAUUGAUGCAUGUCUUGUAUCCAUUAAAGCAGCAUCUUUGUGGGAUAUCCUCAUGGGACAUCUCUUUUUUGAAGGGAAAAGCUCGUGGGACAUCUCCGUGUUGGAAUCUUUUUUCUUUGAGAAGAGAGACCGUGUUGUAAUAUUUUUGUAGAGAUGAUCUCUUCAUUAAAAUAAUUAUUGUAUGUGGUUCUAA